GUGAAAUAUGUCAAAGAUGUCUUCCCCCAAAAUGACGGAAACAUCCUGGUCAUGUGCAUUUCCAUCACAUCCGGGAUUUCUCGUAUCCAGGUGGCAUUUGUUCUUUUGGGAGUUUCUACGUUGUGCAUCCCAUUUUCGGACAGUUUUGCCGGCCUUAUUGUCCUGACCCUGAUCAUGGGUAUGUGUGAUGGGAUCUUUAUCUGCCUCUUGGGACCCAUUGCUUUUGAUAUUGUUGGAGAACGUGGUGCUUCACAGGCUUUGGGCUUUCUGUUUGGCAUAUUUUCUGUUCCUAUGACUGUAGGACCGCCUGUUGCAGGUUUCCUGUACGAUCAUCUAGGAACUUACAAUAUUGCCUUUCAUAUCGCUGGCUGUCCUCCUAUCUUAGGAGCCUUGCUGAUGUUCUUCAUACCUAGAGCAGCCCCUAAUGUACCAGCUGUAACCACUACUGAAGAGUUUGCUGCAGUUUCUCUUCCAGAAAUCUAUCACAGUAAUACAAGGCUGGAAGUCAAUGUCAGUCCACCACCAAAAGUCAAUAGUACAGUCAGCCCCCAAGUUAUCACCAUUGAUGAUGUCAGCAGCCUGGUGCUGAUUAAUGAAAACACCAACAACAACCAGGCAGCGACAAGUGACAUUGAUGGAAAUACUUCAAACAACAACCGCGAGGCAAAUAAUGAGAUGGAUGGCAGGGAAGAAGAAGUUACUAACAAGGACUUGGACCAUGAGGCGGAUGAAACUGAAACACUCUUGACAACAAAGCCAGCCAGUGAUUUAGAAAAUGUACAAGUGUGA